ACCAAUUUCAGGCUGCGACCGAAUUGGCCGACCGGCCCGGAAACUGCCUGCUUUCCCACGUGCGGCAGUAACCAGUCCUGCUUGAAGCAAAACGGCGUGUAUUUUGUGCCCUUGCCGGACGCCGACGCGUAUUGCAAUGACAGUGAUCUCUCGGCUGCGGAAAUCCUACAACUCAAGAACGCCGGCACGUACCCCACCGAAGGGUGUCGCGAGAGCUGCUGCCAAGAGGGAUGCAUAUGCAUUGCAAAAGCAUCGUACUAGUAUAAAACGCAAUACAAGUUUUUUCAGAAAAAAAUGGUGUUUCUAAUGCUGAUUUGGCUAAGAAACCAGAUUUGUCAUGCAUGGUUGCAAUUAGUACGAGUGCGACUGCGAUGCUUUUGCAAUUCAUAACGCAAGCAGCCAAGCAAUACAGACAAGGCGCGCCUCGAGGGAGUUGGAGGCGCCAAUGUCAACCACGACAGCACCUGGAAAGCCGCCCUGGAAUCGGCGACGUUCCUGCCGUUGAACCAGGGAUGGUAUUGCAAGGAAAAAUCCCCCCGCCCCAUAUUGAAAGCGCAUCAUUCUGAAAAUUUGUGAUGCAGAUUUGUGACCACAAAUCCUUGCAAGAAGGCACAUUCAGGCUGUCCGCCACGUUAUGCAGGCACUUUGUAUGUAGUGAGGUCACCGAACGGUUCUAACCAGGGAGUUUUUUUGCCAUAUACCCUGAAAAACGACCGGCAGUUUUCAAGCGGCCGGAAGCGUUUUUUGACAUAAAAAGUUUUCAAUUAUCAAGCGGACGGGGCUUUGCCAUCAAACAAGCCCGGUCGAAAACUAUCCACUCGCACUUGAUAAAACGACGCAGGGGAGCCGGCAAAAGGGGCGCCCUUCUGAGGCGCCCGCCGCCUUGGUUUCUGGCGAUUUGGGGCGCCCAAAAAGUGGCGCGCAAAAAACGCGCCCAAAAUCAAAACACCGAAACAGCAUGGCACGGCCGCGAUUUCGGAGCAUUUUGGGCGGCCGCGAAAGCGGCCGCCUUUAAACGGUUUCAGAGCCUGGGAAGCUUUGCAAAAAGCGCCGGCGUGAAAAAUAAAAACGCGAAAAAGAAAAAGCGCCCCAGACGCGCAAAGCCAAUCCGCAUGCUAUGGGCCCGAUUUUUCUUCGCGUUUUGGGCGCCCCCCGUGGCACCCGGAUCGGCCCCAUAGCAUGGGGGCUGGCCUUCGGAAAGGAAUUUUGGCAAAAUUCCUUUCCGAAGGCAAAAUUUGCAAAUGUGCUGAAAUAUGUAAGAUGUUGUGCAACAACCUGACCCCUUUCCGCCGGUGAAAAGGGGGGGGGGGCCCCCACCCACCUUCCGGCCAGGAGACCCGAAAGCCAAGCGGCCGGGGCCGGCACGCUCGCAACCCAGUCAGACGGCCGGGGGGGGCGCGCGCAAACGAAGGGCAUAGCACCGCGCACGCCCGCGAUCUAUGCAUCGGCGCGAGUACAUUUUUUUUGGCGGCGCGCGCUUCGCGCGCGCAAGUUUCGUGCGUGAAUUGCAAGCCAGAGCCAAGGCCGGAAAGCGCGCGCAUGCACAUGCGCCGCGACCAGAUACGGCCAAAAUCAAAAAACCUAAGAACCUAGACGCCGCAAGCGUGCGCAAGACUGCAAGCGACCGGGCCCCGCUGCCGCGGCGGCCGGCAACUGCAUGCCAAGAACGAGAGCCACGCCGCGCUUGCCCGACGCGGUUUCUUCGCCCCUUUUCCCGCCUUUAAGAUGGGCCGGCCCCCAAACACAGGCCCCUAUCCCUUACAGCUUGUGAAGGCUGCAAUCAAAGCGCCACCCCUACCCCUUGCGCGCGUAACUUCCGACGCGCCCGCCCAAAUCCAGAAAGCAGUCCACCGGGCGCAGCAUUGUGAGGGGGGGGGGGGUGCUAUUGCCUGCCGGCUCGGCGCCGGGCACCCCGCCCGGUCGGUGCGGCGCCCGGGGGGGGAUUGGGGCAGGGCCCCUGCCUGCCGGCUCGGCGCCGGGCGCCCCGCCCGGUCGGUGCGGCGGCCGCAUCUGGGUGCAUUAGCCGUCCGCGCGGCGCCGGUCCACGGCCUUUUUUGUGCCGCGCCGCCACGCCGAGGCCGACCCAAGCAAGGCAGGGUGGAGAGGGGCGGCGCCGAAAAAAAAAGGGCAGCGCUCCAUUGGCCAAGCUAGCGGCCUCUUCUCCCGCAAUCAAUGAAUUGCGUGCGUGGAGGUUUGGCUCCACCGCGCGGCGAAGGCGUCGGGGCACGGCGGGGUGCCUGCCCUCCUCCCUCGCCGGCCCGCCCCACAUAACUAGGUGGCGCGCGCUUUCGCUAUCGCCGGCGACAAAAGCUAUCAGGUAGCGGGCGGGGCCCGUUUCUCCUGUCAGACGUUGCAUGGGGGCAGGUGGCGCCGCGCGGGCGGGCGCUGCGUGCCCCCGCCAUGUAGUGGUUGAGGCACGUCAGGGAGCGGGGUUGUGCGCGUGCUUCCUGGGCCGGAAUUAUCUAGGGGCGCCCGCGGGUGGCGUUGUGUGAUUUGGUUUGCGUGGCGCCUCAUGCGCAGCAAAGUUAAAGGAACGCAAUGGGGUUCCGGCGCCACGAUCUAGUUGGCGAUCGCAGGCAGGGGGCUAUCCUCUGCGGCCCGUGACUUUGCCUGGCGCCUGCGCCUGCCAAGGAGGAAGGGAAAGCAACGGGGCCGGCCUGUUUGCAGCGCCUUUCCCCCUUCACACACGCAACCACGCACCAGCGCGCCCGCCGCGCCGCGUGGCGAUGUGUUGCGCGCGGCAUUGGUUGGCCACAGGCAGGGCGGGCCCCAAAGAAAGCCGCGGUCGCGCCGCGUGAGUGUAGUCGCGGGAAAACGCGCCGGCGCCCGGCCCCGGGUCGCUUGUGGCUUAAUGGAAAACAUGGCAGGAGCCGGACGCCCGCCGCGCAAACAAUUCAAGAGGUGUCUUCGUUCCUAUGGCGGGAUCGGUAAUACCGUGCGCGCGCGCAGCGCGCGCGCGCGAUUUUUUUUUAUGCCGAUGACGAUUGCGGAAAGGGGGGGGGGAGGGGGUGCCACCCACCUGGAAGGGCGUCUACCCCCCUUUCCGCCGGCGGAAAGGGGUCAGGUUGUUGCACAACAUCUAAUGUUUCUCAAGUGACCGCCAUACCCUGCGGCACAACGUUACUCGCGGCGGUAUGGCGAGCUUAGAAAAAGCAAGGCCGCGGCCAAGGCGGCGGCCGGCGGGCAAAAAAAACCCCGCGACCUCACUACCCCCGCCCCGGCGGCUAUAUUUGGUAAUGCUGUAAGGCCUAAAGGGUAGCCGUCUACCAUGCUAGGCGCCUACACCAAAAGGCCCUGUCUAGGCUGAGGACCUGCGUGCAGUCCUCUACUGCAACACAAAUCUGAUUCAUGUAUCCAAAUCCAGCAUCAGAAAUUGUGCUUUGAUAUGGGGGGGGAUUUUUCCUUUUGAUAGAUGGGCAACGAUCGCCACGGUGCAGUGCAAGAGCGAAUGGGACCCUGCCCACCCAGCAAAAUUCCGGUG